AUUGAUAUAUUUUUUUCAGGGUUGGGAACCACGCGAAAAAAUGUGAAUUCUUUUGCUGAUCAAUACAAAAUUGAUCAUGAUUUAAAUCUAGAGUUAGCUAAAGCUGUAAAAGAAGCUGGUAUUGGCACAUAUAUUCUAAUAUCAAGUGUGGGUGCGAAUAAAUCAUCCACGUUUCCUUAUCUUAAAAUGAAGGGCGAGUUAGAUCAAGAUGUUAUAGAUUUAAAAUUCGACAGAACAAUCACUGUUAGGCCUGGGACAUUGAUUGGUAAAAGAGAGAAGGGUGAUGGCUUGUGGCAAGAAGCAUUUCUUUCAAUUGCUGCAACGGCUCAUGGCACAUUUUUAAGUAAACUCUUUUUGAGUCCUAUAUAUGAUGAAGAGAUUGCAAAAAUUGUUGCUCAUUUAGUUGAAAAAGAACCAAAACUUGCUACGGGUAGUUCCAAGGUCACAAUUCUAGAUCCAAAUGAUCUUUCUCAAAUACUUGCUUCUAUUAAGAAAUAA